CGCCCCGUGCUGUCCGGGGCUCCUCCGACCGCGGUCCCGGCACCUCUGCCUGCGCCCCCUGCCCUGAAGAUGAAGGUUUGGCUGCUGCUUGGUCUUCUGCUCGUGCACGAAGCGCUAGAGGAUGUUACUGGCCAACAGCCUCCAAAGAACAAGCGUCCAAAGGAGCCGGGAGAGAACAGAAUCAAGCCUACCAACAAGAAGGUGAAACCCAAAAUUCCUAAAAUAAAGGACAGGGACGCAGCUGAUGCCACACCAAAGACGCAGUCAAUAAUGAUCCAAAUGCUGGAUAAAGGUCGCUUCCAGAAACCUGCUGCCACGCUGAGUCUGACAGCAGGACAAACUCUUGAGCUUCGAUGUAAAGGGAACAAAAUUGGAUGGAGUUACCCUGCCUAUCUCGACACCUUUAAGGACUCCCGUCUCAGCGUGAGGCAGCACGAGCGCUAUGGGCAGCUGACUCUGGUCAACUCCACGGCCGCGGACACGGGCGAGUUUAGCUGCUGGGGACAGCUCUGUCAGGGCUACAUCUGCAGGAAGGACGAGACCAAAACCGGCUCCACCUACAUCUUUUUUACAGAGAAAGGAGAACUCUUUGUCCCUUCCCCCAGUUACUUUGAUGUUGUCUACCUGAACCGGGACAGGCAGGCUGUGGUUCCUUGUCGAGUGACUGUCCUGUCAGCCAAAGUCACCCUGCACAGGGAGUUCCCUGCCAAGGAAAUCCCAGCCAAUGGAACAGACAUUGUUUACGACAUGAAGAGGGGCUUUGUGUAUCUGCAACCUCAUUCUGACCAGCAGGGGGUGGUCUACUGCAAAGCCGAGGCUGGGGGCAAGUCCCAGAUCUCAGUCAAGUACCAACUACUCUACGUGGAAGUUCCUAGAGGCCCUCCGUCAACAACCAUCUUGGCGUCUUCAAACAAAGUGAGGCGCGGGGAUGACAUCAGCAUCCUCUGCACUGUACUAGGGGAACCUGAUGUCGAGGUGGAAUUCAGGUGGAUCUUUCCGGGGCAGAAGGAUGAAAGGCCCGUGACAAUUCAAGACACGUGGCGGCUGAUCCACAGAGGACUGGGGCACACCACGAGAAUCUCCCAGAGCAUCAUGACCAUCGAAGACUUUGAGACCACUGAUGUAGGGUACUACAUUUGCACUGCUCAGAAUCUCCAAGGGGAGACGACAGUAGCGACCACUGUUGAGUUUUCCUGACUUGGAAAACGAAGUCGAAUGAAUGGAUGGGAAGUUCACCUGUGUACAUGACCGGCUUCAGGGUUCUCUUGCCUAAUGCUUUGCCGGAGGCUGGUGUCCAGUGCCAAACCCCACCCCCAGCCCUGUGAGUCAGACCCAGACAUCCAAACUAAAAGGAAGUCUUCUGGUCUAAUAAUAGAAGUGUUAACUCCUCUGACAGAAAGCAUGUAUUUUGAUUGCUUACCUACGUAUAUGCAUUUCUACUUUUUAUAAAAAAGCAUAGAUGUUAACAACUUUGUAUACUCAUUUCUAUUAAAUGGGCAAAUUUUUGUAAAAAAUACAAAAUGGGCUAAGUUUGUUUUUUAGGUUGAAGUACAUCCAAAAGAACUUGUUGGGGGCAAUGUUCGGGUCAAUA